CGUUUCUGGAAGGGAAAAUCUUGAGGAUGGUUCUGAAGACGGGAAGACCGGUGAGGAGGGGAUUCUGCCGAUGCUGAUACCUUCCUGCAGAGUUUUCUGGGAAGAAAAUAAUCUGGAUUUAUUGUUCAGAAGAUCUAAUCGUUUUGCUUCUAAAUGGAUUGUAUAGGAGCAUCAGAACUUUGUUUAAUGUACUGUUACCUGAAAAGCUGCCGAGCCAGAAGAAUACGAUUUUUUUUAUCCUUCUGAUAUUUACAGCAAAACAAAAACUUGGCUUAAAAAGGGAGUUGCUUUUCUGGCUCUGAAAUGAGACAGUAAGAGACUAAUUCUGUGCUUGUAAAUGGACUAAUUUCAAAUGACUUUUAGGAUUUAAACCUUGAUUUCGCUCUUUAACAUGGCUGAAUUAAACAUAUUUUGAUGGAACUCUGGAAAUCUGAUUGUAAGUAGGAAAAGUCUUUUAUUUUUUCCUACUUGACAAAUACCAGCCUCCAACCUCACGUGUCUUUUAAGUACAGAAAUAUGCUGAUAUAGUGUAGUGCUCUUUACCUUAGCUGAAAAUAAUUUAUAAGUGGAAUCUUUUUUGCAAAAUAAAAUCAGGGUUAAGUUGAAUAUAUUAUACAGUAAUUGCUACUGAAUAUUGAUUUCUCAUUUCUGCUGGAAAAAUGGAUUACCUUGGAGACAAGCUGACAGUGGCACAAACUCACAUGACCCAGUGGAUGGGUACAGUGCGGAGAUCCUUACAGGAAGCACUAAAUUUAGUCACUACUGCGGUUGCUCAUGAGCGGACUAGCGGAGAAGGUGGAAGCAGGACUCCCUUCAAGCGAACUUCCUCCUUCAGGCACUUUGCAUCCCGGAGCAGAGAGUCCUUCCGAAGGUUUUCAGUGCGGAGUCAGCAGAGGUUUUCCUCUUUGAGGAAGAGGCAGACGAGUUCAGAGCCACCUGAGCUUGAUCAGCUGAAGCAGUGCUUCUCCAGACAGCCCCCGGGAGCAAAGGACACAGACACGCUCGUGCAGGAGCCCGACAGCCAGUACGGCACCUGGAAUGAGCAGAGGCACAGUGGGGACAGCUUUGUGCCUGAAUCUCCUUCCUCGGAAAACGAUGUCAUUUCGACGAGAAAGCAACCUCCAAAUAGCCACCCAUCUUCACUGUCCUCUCAAACAGAACCUGCCUCCCUGGUUGAUCACCAUGACUUCUCAAAAGACCAAAGGAGCACAAGUUUGGACCGUUCCAGCACUGACAUGGACUCUACUGAUGGGACUGACUUACCUCCUCCGGCAGACACCUACCCUGAUGAAAAGACCACUGAUUUCUCUUUCAUUGAUCAAACCACUAUUCUGGACUCCAGUGCACUGAAAACUCGUGUACAGCUCAGCAAAAAGAGACGCCGUCGGGCUCCUAUUUCACACUCUCUUAGAAGAAGCAGAGGGCUGGAGUUUGAAAAUAGAUUUUCUUUGACAGAAGAACCAGAUAAUACCUGGAUGUUUAAAGAUUCCACAGAAGAGAAGAAAACUAUGCAACAGGAAGAUUCUGAUGAGGAAGACAAGAUACAGCAUACUGCGAGAUCGUCUUCUGUACAAGCUCAGAGACUUCCUGUAUUUCCAGGAAUGGACCACUCUGUUCUCAAGGCUCAACUGCGGAAAAGACAAGAGUCUGAGAGUCCUGGUGAAAUAAAUUCUGCUCAGCUGUUCAAAUCCCCUAAACCGCAACUGCCGCUUGGAACUCCUGGUAGCAGACUGCUGCCCUCCAGUGUAGAGAAGGAGGACAGGUCAGAAGAAAAGUCUCCUCAGUGGCUGAAGGAGCUGAAAUCAAAGAAGAGACAGAGCCAUUAUGAGAAUCAGGUUUGAAAAGAUAGUGAUUCUAACUAGAAGAAGAUAAAGAAGUUUAACAGAAGCCUUAACUCAUCUGAACCUAAAAUUCACUUGUCAUGUUGCUGCUGUUUGCUUCCUGCCUCAACUGCUAUGUGCAUGGUGCCUUCCUGUUUUGUGGAGAAAGCUGCUUAAUAUUCAUAUUCAAAUACAAAGCUGUAUCUUUUCAGAUAUGGGAGGAGGGUCACUUCAGACCUGCCUGGAAGAAGAACCGGUGGUUCAUAGUUAGCACUUCAGAAAGUCUUGAAAGAUUGUAAUAUUUGAUCUAGGAGUGCUGUGCACCAGAAAAGUCCCCUCACUGUUGAACAAAGACUACAUUUCUAUGUAGGUGUUCAGCAACUCAAAAGUAUGACUUUUGGUAGGCAUGUCAGGUGUAAGGCUGGGCUUUGUGUUUGUUUAUGAAAAUAACAAUUUUAAUCAAAUUUAUCUUUUUUUGUGAAAAAAUAGUAAGCUCCUAUUUAGAAUGAAGUUUGUGGAAGGUGAGAGUGAAAGAACAAAUUAUGUUUACUGCCAUAUUGAAAAAGGAAACUUGAUUAUUUUUUGUAAAAUGUAUUUUUGAUUGGCUUAUAUUUACACAUGAUCUGCUGACCUAGCAGAUAAAUAUAAUUUUUAGAUGAACAAAAUGUUAACUUUUGUCACUCUUGAAAUGGUAUAUUCUGUGUUUUGUCAGCAUGUGGAAUAAUUGCUUCAUUGGAAUGUCUUUCCUAAAAAGGAUCAAGCAAUAAUGUCAACCAGUUCUCU